AUGCUCUGCCGCCCGGCACGGUCAUUUUCCCGCCGAACAGUAAGUGAGCACACCGGCACCAUUGUACCGGUCUGCAACUUAGACAUAGCCCGACCUGCUGAGGUCCACGGCUACCAUAUACCACAGGGAUACGGUAGACCCCCACGGACCCAGGUCACAGAGGUCUGGGGUAUUCCAGCAAGGCCUCCUCUUGCUGAUGUUAACUUGUCACCGGGUGGCAGAGCAACG